AUGAAGAACAAGGGUGCCAAGCAGAAGCUGAAACGAAAGGGAGCCGCCAGUGCGUUUGGCUGUGACCUGGCGGAGUAUCUGGAAAGCUCUGGACAGGAUGUUCCAUAUGUACUGAAGAGCUGUGCAGAAUUUAUACAGACUCACGGCAUUGUGGAUGGAAUCUACCGGCUUUCAGGAGUCACCUCAAACAUACAGCGGCUAAGGCAGGAGUUUGGCUCAGAUCAAUGUCCAGAUCUGACAAGGGAAGUAUACCUCCAGGACAUCCACUGUGUGGGCUCACUCUGCAAACUCUACUUUAGGGAGCUUCCCAACCCCCUCCUGACUUAUGAGCUCUACGAGAAAUUCACGGAGGCGGUGUCACACGGCCCGGAAGAAGACCAGUUGGCCCGAAUCCAAAAUGUCAUCCAGAAGCUUCCUCCAUCCCAUUACAGGACCUUGAAAUACCUGAUUGAACACCUGGCCCACAUUGCCUCUUUCAGCAACAAGACCAACAUGCAUGCCAGGAACCUGGCCCUGGUAUGGGCUCCAAACCUCCUCAGGUCUAAAAAAAUUGAAGCCACAGGUUGCAAUGGAGAUGCAGCCUUUCUUGCAGUCCGGGUGCAGCAGGUGGUGAUUGAGUUCAUCUUGAAUCAUGUGGAGCAAAUCUUUAACAACAGUGCACCUGGGUCCCUGGACAACACCGAGAGCCGGCCCAUCAUGAAAAGCCUGACCUUACCAGCCCUCUCCCUACCCAUGAAGUUGGUGAGCUUGGAGGAAGCUCAGGCCCGAAACCUGGCUACCGACCAUCCUGCUCGGAAGGAAAGGAGGGAGAACAGCCUGCCUGAGAUUGUCCCUCCUACGGGCACCCUCUUCCACACUGCCCUUGAGUUACCAGACAGCAAAAGAAAGCUCUCCAGUAAACCAAAGAAGUGGAAGUCAAUAUUUAACCCAGGACGUUCUGGAUCAGACUCCAAAUCAAAGCUGAGUAGAAAUGGGAGUGUCUUUGUGAGAGGGCAGAGACUUGCAGUGGAGAAGGCUACUAUCCAACCAGCGAAAAGCAUGGAUUCACUGUGCUCAGUGCCCGUGGAAGGGAAAGAAAGCAAAGGGAAUUUCAUUCGAACAGUUACCGCUGGCGGAUUUUUCAUUCCAGCAAGGAAAAUGCACUCAACAGGAACCGGCAGCUCAUGUGACCUCAGCAAGCAGGAGGGUGAAUGGGGCCAGAAGGAGAUGCCGGCUGGAGCAGAGGGGGGCUUUGAUGUGAGCAGUGACCGAAGUCAGCUCCAGGGUGCUCAGGCCCGGGCCCCACCAGAGCAGCUGAAAGUGUUCCGGCCUAUCGAGGAUCCCGAGAGUGAGCAAACAGCCCCGAAGAUGCUGGGGAUGUUCUACACCUCCAACGACAGCUCCAGCAAAUCUGUCUUCACCAGCAGCCUCUUUCAGAUGGAGCCCUCACCCCGCCACCAGCGCAAAGCCCUGAACAUCUCCGAGCCCUUUGCUGUGUCGGUGCCGCUCCGUGUGUCUGCUGUCAUCAGCACCAACAGCACUCCGUGCAGAACACCCCCCAAGGAGCUGCAGUCCCUCUCUAGCCUGGAAGAGUUUUCUUUCCAGGGGUCAGAGAGUGGAGGUUGGUCUGAAGAGGAGAAGCUACUGGGAGCUGAGGCUUCUCCAGUGUCUGCACCUAAGAAGACGGCUUCUGAGGACGCCAAGCCAGCACCUGAAACAGUGGAAAAUGCCAAGCCAGUACCUGAAGCUGUGGGAAGCAUGGAAUGCAGCAAAGGCAUUUCCCUGGAGCCUGGCAUCCAACUGGAGGAGAAGAAACCCUCAGAAAUCUCCUUGAGAUCUCAGCAUUCAAGUGAAUUAGAGAAGAGGCUGGAUCCAGAGAAGGUGGUGGAGGAAGGUCAAGAGGCUGGCCAGGUAGAGCCCAGUGCUCUGCAGGAGAACCCCAGAGUCGGACCUGAGGCUGCGUUUCUCCAUGAAAUGGAUGAAGAUGAUCUAGCCAAUGCCCUGAUCUGGCCGGAGAUUCAACAAGAGCUGAAAAUCAUUGAAUCUGAGGAGGAACUGUCUACUUUGCCACCACCACCUCCCAAGAUCAACCCAACUCAGCUCAGCCUUGAGUCCAGUCCAGGACCUUUGGCUUCCAAUGAACCUCCUGAGAGCCUGUCCCCUGGCUCUGGUCCAGCCUCAACCCCUCUGGAGGAGCGGUCCAAUCAGAGCACGCAGGCGGCUUCAUCUCCAGCCAGUAGAGAGAAUCCGGAGCCAACCAGCAGCCUCCAUAAGGGAGAACCUGAGAAGGGCCCAUGCCCAGACCCCACCAACCUUGCUCCCCUGGAAACAGUUGCUUCUUCCGGAGCAAGAGUAGAGGUGGGAGGCUCCGGGAAGCUGUCUCCUCCCCUCCCGCCUGCUCCACCCCCACCAACUCCUUUCGAGGAAACUCCUCCAACCCUUUUGCCGAAAGGGGUUGACCCUGGGAGAGAAGAACCAACCAGAAAUUUGAGGACAAAUCCCUAUUUAGACCAGCUGAAGUCCAAAGACAGCCCUGCCACCCCAAGCUUUUGUCAGGGAGAUGGAGCCACCACCACCGCCACCAUCUCGGGACAGAGUGAAAAGCAAAAUCCAAAGAAUGCUGCCCGCCAGGUAAAAGACCCUGGUCUUCAAAGUACAGCAAAGGAGGUAGAGAUGGCUCUGCAAGAAGAGGGGGAUGUAGCCCAUUCUGUACAGGAGCCCUCAGACUGUGAUGAAGAUGACGCUGUGACAGACGUUGCCCAGCAUGGCCUGGAAAUGGUAGAGCCCUGGGAAGAGCCCCAGUGGGUGACUAGUCCCUUACACUCCCCCACCCUGAAAGACGUACAAGGGCUCCAGGUGCAGGGCCCCCAGAGCCACCGGUUGGAGAAGAGGCUUUCCCAGAGACCCAGUCUUCGCCAGAGCCAUUCUCUAGACAGCAAAACCACAGAUCAGAGUCAGUGGAGCCAGUGGACCCUGGAGGGGCCCUCCUCCAGCAGCUGUGUGAAUCUAGAGAGAAAUUCUGAUCCUCUGCAGCCUCUGGCCUCCAGGAGAGGGGUAACUGAAUGGGAGGAGAAAGCUCUGAGGUCCUUUAGGGAGUUCUCUGGCCUGAAAGAGGCAGAGGCCCUUCCCAGCCCAAAAGGACUAGAUAAUGUGCAGGCCAAAUCAGCAGAAACUGGCCCCAUCAGUCUAGCAGAGGGAAAAAAGCCGCCAACACACUUGGGACAAGACAAUCUGCAGAUUGAGCAAGGCAAUAUUCCUGGACCAGAAAGCAUCAAGAAAAGUUCACCUAGUGUGCAAGAUGGCACCCCACCUGAAGAGUAUUCCCCAAAGUUACAGCCCAAGAGCACUGAGUGUGUGCCCCCCAAAGGGAAAAAUAGACCAUCAUCACUCAACUUGGAUUCUGCGAUUCCCAUCGCAGACCUGUUCCGGUUUGAGAACGUGACCUCAUUCAGUUCACCUAGAAUGCAGCUGUCAGAGCUGGGAGACUCAAAGGCCACAUGGAUGACCACAUCCCACUGUAAAGCAGACCCUUGGAGGGUUCACUCCCAAGAGCCCCAGGACCUGGACAUUGUUGCUCAUGCUCUAACAGGCCGACGCAACUCAGCUCCUGUGAGUGUGUCAGCAGUGAGAACCUCCUUCAUGGUCAAAAUGUGCCAGGCCAGGGCAGUCCCGGUCAUCCCACCCAAGAUUCAGUACACGCAGAUCCCACAGCCCCUGCCCUCUCAGCGAUUAGGGGAGGCUGGGGUUCAGCCUCUGGGGAAGAGUCAAGAAGAGCCCAGCUUAACUGGUGGGACCACUCUGAAACCUGCCAAAGAUGAUUCCUCCUCCUCUUUGGAAAGCCUAAAGGGAGAGAAACCAAAUCCAGAUACAGGAGUUCAGUCUUCACCAUUGGAUACUAUUGCACCCUGCAUGUGUGAAGGAUCUACCCUUGCUCCAGAACCAGACUUGUCUAAUAUCUCCACCCAGGACGCAAUAGUGCAAUGCAGAAAGCGAACAUCAGAGACGGAGCCAUCUGGGGACAACCUUCUGUCUUCAAAAAUAGAGCGACCAUCUGGGGGUUCUAAGUCUUUCCACAGGUCAAGGCCAGGAAGACCUCAGAGCCUAAUCUUAUUCAGUCCUCCCUUCCCUAUUAUGGACCACCCACCCCCCUCAUCUGCAGGGACAGAUUCCAGGGUCUUACUGUCCCCUAUCAGAAGUCCCAUCCAGACAGUUUCCCCCGGUCUUCUUUGUGGGGAGUUGGCAGAAAACACCUGGGUCACACCAGAAGGGGUUACACUUAGAAAUAAAAUGACCAUCCCUAAGAAUGGCCAGAGACUAGAGACUUCAACCAGCUGUUUUUACCAACCCCAGCGGAGAUCAGUGAUUCUGGAUGGAAGAAGUGGGAGACAAAUAGAAUGA